AUGGCGGAGGUAAACAACUCGGCACUGAAUGACUCGGAUGCGACCGCGGCCAGACCAAAGAUUUAUCCGCAGGGAUGGAAGUUGCACGCACUUACAGCCGGGCUCUGUAUUAGCAUGCUACUCUCCACGCUCGAGACCACCAUCGUGAGCACAUCGCUGGUGUCUAUUGUCAAUGCACUCCAGGGGUUUAGCCAGGCCGGGUGGGUGGUGACGGCGUAUCUCCUGACAUACACGGGCUUCCUCGUCAUCUAUGCCAAGCUCAGCGACAUCCUGGGCACCAAGCUGCUGAUCCUGUUUGCCGUCGGGUUAUUCUCCGUCUUUUCCAUUGCAUGCGGCGUCACGAACACAAUGCUGCAACUAAUCAUCCUCCGCUCCAUUCAGGGAAUUGGAGGCUCGGGAAUCUACUCCCUGGUCACGGUCAUGACGCCGCUCAUGGUUCCACCGGCUAAGUACCCGACCUACAUCGCCAUCAUCUCGUCCGUGUUUGCCGUCUCGAGCGUGCUGGGCCCGCUCCUGGGAGGCGCCAUAUCGGACCAUACCACCUGGCGAUGGGUCUUUUGGCUGAAUGGCCCCGGCGGAGUUGUGGCCAUCCUCCUCAUCGGCGUUUCGAUCCCCUUCAGCUUCCCCUAUCCCGGACCUGCCCGCUUCUUUAACUCCCUCGUCGCGGGCAGGGCGUGGAGGAGGGUCGACUUCUUCGGCGCCUUUUCCUCGCUGGUCGCCUCUAUCCUGCUCGUCUUCGCGCUCGAGCAGGCAGGAGUCGAGUAUCCGUGGAACAGUGCCGCUAUCAUAGUGUGCUUCGUGCUGUCUGGCUUGUUUUGGAUCGUCUUCAUAGGCUGGGAACGUGGUAUCUCGCUCAGAAACACUGUUUGCGAGCCUAUGUUCCCUUGGCGGCUUGCUUGCAACAGGUUUGUGAUGGGGUUGCUCCUAAACGCAUUCCUCACAGGCUUCCCGUUCAUGGCAGCAAUCAUCAACAUUCCGCAGCGUCUGCAGAUUGUCAACGGAACAACGGCGGUGGAUGCCGGCAUCCGCAUGUUGCCUCUCCUUCUUUGCUCGCCGAUUGCCACCAUCACAUCGAGCGUGUUCUGCACCAAGCUCAAACUCCCGCCCUUGUAUGCGCUGCUGGUUGGCUGCGGCCUCCAGACGCUUGGUGUCGGCUUAUUCAGCUCUCUCGACUCGUCCGACCUCAGCGUGCCGCCUUCCCAGUACGGCUUCCAGGUCAUCAUGGGCUGCGGCUUCGGGCUGAAUCUGAGUACCGUCUUCAUGAUGGUUCCUUUGGUGGUGAAGCAGAGGGAUAUGGCCGUCACCAUGGGAGCCGCCACGCAAAUCCGGGUGCUCGGCGGAACCAUCGGACUGGCCAUCUGCUCGGCUCUCUUGAGCAACCACGUAACGAGGGAAACUUCGGGGCUGUUGACCCCAGAACAGCAGUCGGCGUUGCUGCAGUCGUUCCAGAGCAUACGCAGCCUGUCCCCCGAGCUGCAGGUCAAGGUCAGAGAGGUCUAUGCGGUGGGAUACAGCCAGCAGAUGAGGGUCAUGCUCUACUUCUGCAUUGUCUCGCUCGUCUCCCUGUCCCUGCUGUUUGAGUGGCCGCCGAGACGGAUGCGGACGACGGAGGAUGGCGAGCUUGCCGACCCCGAUGAGAAGGGGAGGUGA